AUGGGCUCUAUUUCAACACCGAAGCUUCCCCUUAUAGGUCUUUCCGAAUUAGAUGGCUCAAAGCCAAGGACAGGUCGAUGGGACUCCUUGCAAAGUCAAGUUCGAGAAGCCCUUGAAGAAUUAGGUUGCUUCGAAGCCUUGACUGAUAAGAUGACCUUGGAGCUUCAUAAUGAUGCAUUCCAAGAAUUGGAGGUAUUGCUCGAGCUCCCAACCGAUGUGAAGCACUGGUUCAACGUCCCGGAUAAGCCUGAGACAAUGAAUACGUAUGUCACGAGGGUUUCGGAGUUGGAUUCACUGAUGAAGAAGCUGGUUUUGGGAAGCCUGAGCGUAGAAAAAUACGUUGAAUCGCUAGUCAAGUCGGUCAGAUACAAUUUCCGCGUCGUGAGAUACGCAACUCCUGGGACCGAGGAGUCCAAGAAGCCCAGGGCUCUUUGCCAUCGAGACCCAAACUCCGUGGCCAUGCUUCACCAAAAUCAUGUAACGGAUUGGAAGUGCAGAGUAAGGAUGGACGUUGGAUUGAGGUCGCCCCUUCUUCAGCUUCAUCUUUCAUUGUCCUUGCUGGGGAGUCAUUUUACGUGA